AUGUGGGGCGACAAAGACUCGAUGCAAGCAAACUCUCUUGCUGGGCCUCUCGAAGACGUUCGGUUGAGCAGAUUCAACACAACACACUCCGGAAAUUUCUCAGAGCCUCUUCCUGUUAUCCCGACCAAGAUCUUCAAGUACAUCAUCAUAGCCCACCCCAAGGCAGUGGUUGCACAAUCGGCGCUGGCCGUGCUCACGCAGAACGAUCCUGAAGCCGAGAUACUUGUUGUAUCUGAUCGCUACAACUUCGACGACCAGCAGGGGUCGAGGCUCUACUCUGGAACGUUCGUUGGGAAGGAGACGGGAAGGCAGAUGAUAACUUCAUUCACAGCCUCCUCUGGCAAGUCAGACCUCCUGCCGAAGUUGUCCUCCCAGCCACUUGGAAAGAAUGUCGAGAUCUGCACGACGGCGCAUGUUGUCUCUCUGGACGUUGAGAACAAAGUCGUCACGCUGUCAGACGGUCGAGUUGUAUCCUUUGGGAAAUGUUUGCUCGCUACAGGAUGCAAGGAAGCCAAGUUGCCCGGCGUUCCAGAUCACCUGAAGAAGCAUGUGACAAACUUGAGGAAGGUCAAAGACUUCGAGCGUGUGCAGAAAAUGGUGAGGAAUGGAGAGGUCAAGAAGAUCGUUGUGGUUGGCGGUGGCUUUCUUGGCUGCGAAGUAGCUAGCAAGCUGAAGACUGAAGGGAGCAGCAAGCAGGUCGAGAUUAUACACGCGUAUGUCGAGCCGGGAGCGCUCUAUCGCUAUGUUCCCGUUUACUUUUCAGAUUACAUGACGGAACUGCUUCGAGCAAUGGGUGUCCAGGAGAGGCCAUACCACAUGGUCCUUCAGAUCUGUGAGCCCGUGGAUAAGAAGCACUUCAAUUUGAACCUCGUCCUACAGGGCUUUGAAAAGACUCAGCUGGACUGCGAUCAUGUAGUCUUUGCGCCUACACACCUGGAGGGUAACGUAGAGCUUGCGGAGGCAUCGGGGCUCGAGAUUGACUCGAAGUCCAAAGGGGUUAUGGUAAACAGUGAGAUGCUUGCGCGAACUGACAUCUACGUGGCUGGCGACACUGCGAGCUACCCUGACCAAGUAUUGGGGCGAAGAAGGAUGCAAAGCUAUGAUCACAGUUUCUAUAGCGGCGCUCUUGCUGCAAGGAAUAUGUCGCUGAAUGGCCGCGAGGCGUACAAUCAUCUCUCGGUCGUAAGCUCGCAUGGCGGUCCUCUUGGCCUAGACGUGGUUGUGCUGGGUGACAUCGACUCCACCAUGGAGAUGUACAGCAUUGCGCAGACCUCUGGAAGGUUUGACCCCAACGGCCUUGUAGCGCAAGAGAGCGACACAGAUGCUAAGAACAAGGACGACGCGAAGCCCUGGGGCCUGUGGGAAAAGGGAAUCGUGUACUACUUGCGGGACAGGAGAGUGGUCGGGGCUAUGCUGCUGAACCUCAACGAGAGGACAGACGAUGUUCGCAACCUGAUCCGCAGUGGGCUGCGCUACCAGCACCGCAUGUCGGAGGACAGCGGCUCUCAGCGGAUCCUUGAGCUGGAGGACGCGAUUGAGCUUGGUCUCGAGAGCCCGAUCUGCCGGCACUCCUCUGCUCGAGGUCAGGGGAUCAUGAGGAACUCUAGCAACAAGGAGAGGAUGGGAAACCAGGCGUGA